CUAGUCUCGCUGGGGGAGGGGCGGGGGUGCGACUCCGGUUGCCGAGCGCCGGUAGUCUUCCACCGCGGUGGCUGUCGCCGCGGCUCCCUGUCGCGCGCCAUGCAACUCCUCUGCUGGUGGCAAGUACUGCUGUGGGUGCUGGGCCUUCCGGCCCGCGGCCUGGAGGUUGCAGAGGACAGUGGUCACCCGGCUCUCCACAUUGGAGCUGAGUACCCGCAUGCAGAGGAGGCCCCUCAGGGCCAUCGGGGCCAGGCAAGAGUGGCAGAGCCCACGGAGGCCUCUCCGGGUCCCCGCGGAGAUCCCAUGGUAGUGCUGUCGGUGAUCCCCGGGGCAGCUGAGGACCAACGGAGCACCGAGGCCCUCGAUGGCACCUGCAGUGCGCAGGGAGAGGAGGACCCGCGCUGCGCCGGAGGAAACCUCUUCGGGCUGCAGGGUGCAGGCGGCUUCCCGGAUCGGGAAGAGGAGUACUACGCUGAGCCUGGGGUGGCUGAGGCCGAGCCCGUAGCCAGCGAGGAUGCUAACAGCACCGACAGCCUCAAGUCCCCCAAGGUGAACUGCGAGGAGAGGAAUGUGACCGGGCUAGAAAACUUCACUCUGAAGAUUUUAAAUAUGUCCCAGGACCUCAUGGAUUUCCUAAGCCCCAAUGGUAGCGACUGCACGCUGGUCCUCUUCUACACGCCAUGGUGCCGGUUCUCGGCCAGCCUGGCUCCCCAUUUUAACUCCCUGCCUCGGGCCUUUCCCACCCUCAGCUUCUUGGCUCUGGAUGCGUCUCAGCACAGCAGCCUUUCCACCAGAUUUGGCACAGUAGCUGUCCCUAACAUUUUGUUAUUUCAAGGAGCUAAACCAAUGGCGAGAUUUAAUCAUACAGAUCGAACACUUGAAACACUGAAAAUCUUCAUUUUCAAUCAGACAGGUAUAGAAGCCAAGAAAAAUGUGGUGGUGACGCAAGCUGACCAAAUGGGCCCUCUCCCUAGCACGCCGGUCAAGACUGUCGAUUGGCUACUUGUAUUUUCUGUGUUCUUUUUAAUUAGCUUUAUUAUGUAUGCUACCAUUCGCACUGAGAGUAUUCGGUGGCUGAUUCCAGGACAAGAGCAGGAACACGCAGAGUAGAGCCGGAACAGAGCCAGGACAGAGUCGGGACAAGAGGGGUCUCAGCCCUUCAUUUGUGGACGUACAGUUGCUAACCCGUGGGCUUGCAACGGAAAUCAGAUUCAAGAAUCAUGUUCUUGUUGAACUAUUGAGAGGCUGAAAAGAUUUCAUAUAAAGGUGUUUUUACUAUGACAAUUAGCAGGUACAAAAAUGUCCACUAGAAUUGACUGUUCUUGUUUUUAAUACUUGAACAUAAUGAAUUUCUCUUCUAGUGUCGUUAAGCAGGAAAGUGUUGUCUGAGGAGAGGAGCUAAGAUGGGAAAGUGUGGGCUAGGCUGGGGAGUGUGGGCUUACCACAGGACCAGAUGAAAAAUAAAGUCACUGAAAGAAUUCAAA